AAGCGGUUGGUCGUGACGUUGGCUAAUAAUCCGUUGCUCCGCCUCUCUGCGCUCCACACCAACCCCAAGAGAAGAGAACCCAGCCGCUGUCACGAUGUGCACGCUGGAGCAGCGCGGCCGCGUCUUCGUCCUCACCCUCACCGGCGACGGCGAGCACCGCCUCGGCCACCCCCUCAUCUCCUCCCUCCGCUCCGCCAUCGCCUCCGCCGCGGCGGCCGCGGCGUCGGCGGGGCCCGGCGCGGCCCUCGUCACCGUCGCCGAGGGCCGCUUCUUCUCCAACGGGCUCGACAUCGGCUGGGCGGGGACCUCCCGCGCGCGCCUCGGGGAGCUCGUCGACGCGCUCCGCCCUCUCGCCGCCGACCUCCUCGCGCUCCCCAUGCCCACCGUCGCCGCCGUCACGGGCCACGCCUCCGCGGGCGGGUUCCUCCUCGCGCUCUGCCACGACUACCGCCUCAUGCGCGGGGACCGCGGCGUACUGUACAUGAGCGAGGUCGACAUCGGCCUCCCCCUCCCGCCCUACUUCAUGGCCGUCCUCCGCGCGAAGAUCACCGCGGCCAAUGCGCUCCGCGACGUCGUGCUCCGCGGCAAGAAGGUCAGGGCUGCGGAGGGCAAGGAGAUGGGCAUCGUGGAUGUUGUUUGCCCCAGCGCGGCCGAGACGGCGGCUGAGGCCUUCAAGCUCGCCGAGCUUCUCGCGGCGAGGAAGUGGGACGGGAGCGUGUACUCGUCCAUUAGGGUGUCCAUGUACCCCGGGGCGUGCAGGUCAGUUGGAAUUGUUGAGGAGAGCGAUGAGGAGAAGAGGAAGCACUUCGCUUCCAGACUCUGAUGUCGUGACUGCUAGAGGUUUCUGUGGAACCAUGGAACUCCCUUCACAUUCUGUAUGGGUACAUCGACCAGCCAUUGAUGCUACGUAUGAUGUACUAGUUGCAAACCUUGUAAUCUAGCUUCCUCUGGAAGUGGGAAAUAAACUCGAGCUCCUCUCCCCAUUUUGCUUGAAGAACUCCUGUCAUGUGUGCCUUGUGGACUUUAUAUUAUUGCAAGAAGAUUCCCGUUUAGGAAUUUGCCGUA